GCUAGAACUAUAUUUGUAAGGCAAAUAUGGAUGGAAAGGCGAAAGCAUAGAUACAAAUACUGUGUCAAUUUAAACAGAUGAGCCAGCAUUACACUCCCCAUGCAAAUACGCUGGGCAAGUGCAGCAGAGCGCUUGGCCAUCCUGUAUCUCUGCUCUUUGUGCAAGAGCCCCAGGAAUCAUCACAUCCACACACAACCCCAUAAAGAGCACUUCUCCAGCUUUGCUGUUCCCACAAACUUGUAGGAAACUUCAUUUUGCUGAACUGAAUGUAUGGAUUAUGUUAAACUCUUUUUUGGAGCAACAGGCCUGCAGCAAUCCAAGAAACAUCUGAGAAGGGAGGAAUAACUCGGUUUCACAACCUCCACUUUUGCAUUGAUACGUCACUGGAAAUGGGAUUCAUGAUGAGGAUUUAUACAAUAACGGCUUUUUGUGCCUUGGGAUUACUUUUUAACUUGGAGACAUGUGCAGGGGAGCUCUCAAAUAAAAUGUUUUAUGCCGAGAUCAUGGUGGAGGAAGGUGCUAUCCAGAAUAUUUCCAAUCUGUUCACAACAUUGCAAGCUAUAAAUAUCACUGUGGACAACAGCCUUCUGAUCAUCAGCCAGUUCAGCAUUACAACAGUGUGCGAAAUCCGUGGAAACAAAACCAUCUGUAAAUGUUCUGACGGUUAUAUUUGGAGUGGCGCAGUGUGUGACUCGCAGCCAGAUUGCUGCAAUCAAAUUGAGUGCUCCGUCAAAACAUCACAACCCACACCAAUGUGUUUGCCUAAGACAAGAGUAAUCAUCAGUGGAUCAGCUACCUUUCCUGAUGCCUAUAAUAGUCUAUACAGCAACACAGGUUCCCCAGAGUACAAAGCCUUUACAAGCACAAAAACAGAAGAACUAAAACAAGUGUACAGCACAUUCAGUGGUUUUGACAGUCUGGUUAUUACUGGCAUCAGGCAAGGAAGUGUCAUUGUCGAUUUCCUAAUGACCGUGAAUGCUCCGUUGAACUCUUCUCAACUCGAGAGCAAAACAAACACAUUACAAACGAGUAUGAAUGCUACGUUCCAACUUACAACAACAGGCCUAGUGCAAAUAUAUGCACCCAACGAAACAAUAUGUUAUGAUUCCACUCAGCAAUUAUCCUGCACCAUGAAUGACCCCUCCUUUGACUCCUGUUCUUGGAAAUUAACCGCGGGGAAUAAUGUUUAUGCUCUUGUUAAUGGAACUGAGGUGUUAGUCGAACCCAGCUGCAGUCUUACCCUGCUGAAAACAUCUCAAAUAUGGCAAGGUACCUACAACUGCAGCUUUUCAAAGGGUUUCAUUACCCACACAGCCAGUGCCACUUUGGAUAUAGCGCUCUUGCCAGAGAAUAUUCAGAUACUUAGUGGUCCCCAGUACCCAGACUGCUCUGUGGAUGAGGAAAAAAGCCUACAGGUUAAUGUUACAUGUACCAUAAAAAACAGUACUGAAAAUUACACGAUGUCAUGGAGUUUCGUUGGUACCAGUGGCGGGUUAAAUUCUUCCACAAAUGCAAACGGCUUCAUAUCCAACUCUGUAAUAGUAUCUGUACAGUGUAAGUCUCAAAGUGAUAUUAUUGUAACCUGUCAGUAUAUAAACAGAAAGUCUCAACAAGAAAGCGCCAACCUGACCUUACCUGUCAUCUACAUGGGCACACCAGUUUGUCAAGCCAAUGGUGACUGGCCAAAAGCAAAGGCUAGCACAACAGCACAGCUGGCAUGUAUAGGAGAAAGAGUGGGGAUGAGGACAAGACCAUGUCUGAGCACUGGUUCCUGGGGAAUAGAAACAUCUCCUUGUGUCAAUAGAGACCUUAACAACAUUCUUCAAGAUACAUAUUCACUGCUGAAAGGGCGCGGAUCUCCUGAAAGCAUUGCCUCCGAUAUUUUUGGGCGUUUGAAAAAUUCAACCAACAGCACUGUUUCUAUCAAUACAUAUGCAAAUAUAAAUGCUUCGGUGACAAUUCUGCAGAAUAUGAAUAAUGCUUCUGCUAACGUAACAUUAGGUCAAAUUAUUUUACCUGAUUUGUUGGCGUCAUCGAACAACAUUCUGAGUAUAUCUCUGAAAAAUUCUUGGACGGAAUUAACAAGUGCUCAGUCUAAAAAUUCUAGUUUGUCUGAACAAUACCUGAUGUCCAUGGAGGGCCUCAUAACCAAAACGCACAUAAAUAUAUCUGAAUCUCUCCCUCGCUGCAAGUAUGCAAAUGUAGAGCUCGUGAGCCAAGCUGCUGAAAAGAACAGCAGCAUAAAAGUGUUAAAUGCCUCAAUCAUCCUCCCUGAAGGAAUUGUGAAAGCAGUGGCCUUUAGCACCCUGUCCGAACUUUUACCGACAAAUGAAGACACGACAACCAACAGUAUUAUAUUAUCAGUGACGCUGCAAAACAGUACCUUGAAAAAUGACAUAUCAAUUACAUUCCCGCUAAUCAACAGCCGACCGCGUAAUUACGAAAUAGACUGUGUUUAUUGGGAUUUUACUUCAUCCCAGUUUUCUGGAAAUGGCUGUGACUGGACGUACACUGGUGUGAACACCGAGGCUGUUUGUACGUGCAAUCACUUGACUUCAUUUGCCACGCUAAUGUCAAAGCAUCCUAUUUCACUCAAGUUCCAGGAUGAAAUCACCUACGUUGGUCUUGGGGCCUCGGUCUGCUCUCUGACACUCUGCCUCAUAAUAGAGUUUCUUGUGUGGAACACAGUUGUGAAGUCGAACAUCUCCCAUUUUCGGCACACCGCCCUCGUCAACAUCUCUUUGUGUCUGCUGCUUGCGGACUGCAGCUUCCUGGCUUCCUCUUUUCUGUCAAUAAACCAUAGCAACUGGUGCCCCUAUUUGGUGAUAAUUAAGCACUACUGCUACUUGGCAAUGUUUUUUUGGAUGCUGUGUCUAAGCAUGAUGCUCCUCCACCAGCUCAUGUUUGUGUUUCACCAGCUGAGGAAGAAGGUCUACCUGACCUUUUCCAUUUGUCUCGGCUACAUCUGCCCUCUGUUUAUCGUGAUUCUCACCUUCAUUGCCUAUCAAAAUGGAAAAGAAAACUACUACUACUCCUCGGAAACUUGUUGGUUGGUCUACGAAGGUACUUUGAAAGGCUCGAUCUACGCAUUCAUUUUUCCAGUUCUAAUAAUUGUCGUUAUCAAUUUUUUAUCCAUGAUGGUGGUCAUUACCAAGCUCUUGAGACCGCAAGUGUCGGACGGCAGCAAAGCAGACGAAAAAGAUAUCACCAAGAGCAUCCUGAAAGCGGUGGUGUUUCUCACGCCCAUUUUUGGAGUAACAUGGAUUUUAGGAUUUUUUGUUCUGACUAUUGAUCUCACAGAAGGACCUUUAGCUUUUUUUAUCAAUUAUGCUUUCAUUAUAGUAAAUUCAUUCCAGGGUGUCUUAAUUUUGAUUACUGGGUGUUUUGGAGAGAAAAAGGUUCGAGAUGCCCUGCUAAAAUAUUUCAUCUCAACGCCCCCAAAACCAACUAAAAAUGAAAGCUCAACGAAAGUUGUAUCAAUUAUUAAGAAAUAAUCCUUUCAUUCCCGGAAAUGGUGCACUCAAAAAUGGACACACUUUGUAUAAUUCUCCUGAAUGUAUAUAUUGUCACAUAUUAAUAUGCUAAGAUCUGUUAAAACACAUUCACUGCUUUCUUGCAUAUCAAUACAUUUUCCCUAUGCCUUGUACCUUAUAUAAAUUAUUGUUGUGUAAAUUGUUAUUUUUUUCAGCUUGUAAUUGUUAAAAAUCAUUACAUGUCAAAGAAUGUACUUUACUUGAUAACUGUGUUCACUCUGAAUUUAAGUAAAUGUCUAGAAGAUGCUGUCUUUAUAUUCAGACUAAAAGGUUUGUUCAGAAUUCUGACUGCAUUCCGAUGUUUCUCAUUUAGUCAAAACUAAUCAAGUAAAUGCCAAUUUGUAAAUAUGCUUUGUUUGAUAUGGAAAAAAAACAAAUGAAAAGUCUGAAUUUUGGGGGCACUUUUCUUAUAACUGAUGGCAAGUUGAUACCCUGCUGUAAUCAUCAAAUGUCUAUAUUUUACAAAUAAUUUCAUCAAUAAAAUAAUAACUGACAAUGAAAACCGAGGUUUAUGAGUUUGUGUGCAGUUUUCAUUUUUAUGUUAAUUUUUGCAAAAUACCUUGUGUAUCUGAUGGGCGUGUACAGUGGCUCACACCCUAUGAUUCUGGGAUAGGCUCUGGACCACUGUGACUGUGCACUGGACAAGUUAUUGACAAUAGAAGAGUGGAUGGAUGGACAUACACAUGUGGAGCCCACAUGGAAACUAGGAACAAAAGUCAGAUUUGUGAAAUACUGUCAAACAAUAUAACACACACACACACAGUUUCUGAACCGCUUGUCCCAUAUGGGGUCGCGGGA